GCCUGAAUCGAGUUAAAGCAGAAAAUUAUUUAUCAUUCUACCAUCCAAAUCCUAAAAAUCUUGAUAAAACUAAAGAAUUGAAUCCUCAAUACACUGGACAAUAUUACUUCGUACUUGAUGACAAAACCGCUAGACCUAUUAAAAAGAGUUGGCAAGAUUUAGAUAAUUAUAUGAAAAAACAUCUUGAGAACAGUGAAGAUGAAUCACCUUUACCAAACCAACAAAUUUGCAAAAAUUUACCAAAACUAGUCAAAAUAAUAUUCGAAAUUCUUAAUAAUCAAAAUAUGCUUGAAAAGCAAAACAUGCCCAAAAAAACAGAAAUAAAUAAUAAGAGAAUACAUCUUAAACAAAAUUUGAACAAUAGUCAAGAAGAUAUAGAUGAAUCUAUUAAAGAGCAAAUCUAUAGUAUUCCAUUUUUUAGCUGCACAAGAGAUGUUCAAAGCUAUGAUGAAUUUAUUGAGAAACAAGAUAUUGAAUUUUUUGAUUAUGCAAGUGAUUCUCAAAGCAAUAACUCGUUUGUCAAGAACAAUGCAGUAUCUAAUUUAUCUGAUAUAACAGAUGUUGACACUAAUAAAUAUGCUAAGGAUAACAAUUUAUUUGCUAAAAAGCCAAAGGAUCUCAAAGACGUAUAUAAAGAAUUUCUGUCAAAGGAAUAUGCUGAAUUCAUGCAUAUACUAUUGCCAUCUACAUCACAAACCGGAUGGGCUUAUAUUGAGGACCUUAAUCUUCAAAAUUUCAGUUGGAGGAAAGAA